UCAGACUAUGUGUGGCCGCGAAGGUCUUCACUAACCCGAUCGCCCGAUACCUUAUCACCAGUCUACCCUGACCGGCCCAUCAGACCCCUCCCCAAGAAUCGCCUACGAGAGCAACUGUCGCCUGAACAGCAGAGCCAGAUUAUUUAUCCACCAGAGCCUCCUUCAACCUCCCCCCUCUUCAGCUUUCCUUACGGAGUCGUCGAAAAGAUGGAUCCUCGCGCACUCAACCACCACGACUCGCACAGCCACUGCACUUGCAACGGAGACGAUCAUGUCGACGAGAGCGACGAUGACGAAGAGCUGAUUGCCUACGACCACCCGAGCUACCGUUGGUCAUCGCCCAUCAACGACGGUCCCAGAGUGGACAGCGUCCAGAGAAAGCUUAUGGCAGCAAAGGCUCCGCCAGCCCCCGCAUCCACCGCCUCCUCAGCUGACGGUUACGAAUCUUUCGAAAACACAAGCAACAAGAAAAAGCGCAAGAUCCCCUUGUCUGGCGGUGGAAGAGUACACCAGUCGAGUCUGUCGCAAGAGCUGGCCAACAUGGGAAUCGCAUCGAGGGAAGAGCAUCAUCAGGAUUCGAGGCAAUUGUCGGGCAGUGGACGUGGCAGAUUCAACAGCCAACACAAUGCCUACGCUUCAAGUCUUUCGGCAAAGUCGCGCGGAGGCAAUUGGAAGGGCGACGGCACCCGCACCAGUAAGAGGCAAUGCACUGAUUGUGACGUUGCAUACGAGACUUACACGACCUGCACAGAACAAGCCGACGGCAUCAUCUCCCAAGCAAUCGCCAGCGCCCACAGAGACCAAGACCAAGAUCAGGACACCCCGACGACACCGACCAAGCAGAACAACGAGAGUCUCCUUGCCCGCUCGCCCUCGCAGACAACGACGCCUCAGACGCAAUUCACCUUUACCUGCGAGUCCGACUCGUCCAACAAAAUGCUCUGGCCUCAACAGCCCACUCCCACCCCCAAUUCGAUGCCGCGCUCGCCCUUGGCCAAUCACUCGGCCAGUCGCUCCCAGCAAAUUCACCCUCCUGCUCACACAAAUUCUUCUGCCCCGCCUGUUCAGCCUGUUCAACAACACCAGCAGCCUCGCAAACCCCGCCCGCGCCGUCCCAGCAAGGAGUUUGCCUUACAAGAACGCCAACGACGUCUUCAGCAAGAAUACACAAACUACCACUCUCGCCCAACCCCGGCCUCCAUGUGGAUCUGCGAAUUUUGCGAGUAUGAAGACAUCUGGGGCUCUCGUCCUGAAGCUUUGAUCCGCCAGUACGAAAUCAAGGACCGCAAGGAGCGACAGAAGGCUGAAGAAAGAAGACGUUUGCUGGAAAAAGCAAAGCAGAAGAACAGGAAAGGGAAAAAGAACAAUGCAAAGGGAAAGCCUGCUCCUGCUCAGAGCUACCCUGAUGAGAACUGUGGUCCCGACGACAGACAGGACGACGAGGAUGCAGAGUUUGACGAUGGCUACGAUGCCGUGACUCAUACCGCUGAACCCAGAGAUCGAAGGUAUGCUGCCGACUACGCAUACGAUCGGACACCGAAAGCUCCAGACAAAGACGAUCUCCGGCACGAUCAACAGCAUCCGCCGCCUUUGCAGCAGCGGAGGCAGUAA